AGCUUAACAAACACUUGAGCCAAGGAAAUGAAGAUGUCUGGAGAAAGAAAGAGGAGAAUCGGCAUUGUAGGUUUUGGUCGCAUAGGUAGGUAUUUGGUGCAGCGGAUAGAAGAAGAAGGUUACAAGCAUGACCUGGAACUGGCCUUUGUCUGGAACAGGAGUGCGGAGGGUUUGCAGGGGAGGGUCCCCGGUCAUCUACAGCUGCUAGAUCUCCUUGACUUUGAUGAAUGCAAAGCGGAUCUGAUCAUCGAAGUGGCCGAUCCGUGCAUAACAAGAGACUUCGGAGAAAGAUUUCUUCGGGCCGCAGACUUCCUGGUUGGUUCUCCCACUGCUCUCGCUGACCAAACUACAGAAAGCAAACUGAGAGAGAUGGCCGGGCGUUCGGGGCACACACUAUACGUUCCCAGCGGGGCCUUCUGGGGAGGAGAAGAUAUCCAGAGAAUGGCGGAAAGGGGCACCCUACAGGGUCUUAAAAUCACCAUGGCAAAGCACCCCAAAAGCUUUAGGCUUGUAGGCGAGUUGGUAGAGAAGAAUAAUCAAGUGGUAAAUGAGCGAACCAUUCUCUUUGAGGGCCCGGUGCGUAGCCUGUGUGCUCUCGCACCCAACAAUGUCAACACGAUGGCCGCAGCUUGCGUGGCCGCUCAUACACUUGGCUUUGACAACGUGGUUGGAGUCUUGGUGGCAGAUCCAAGCAUCCCAGACUGGCACCACGUGGAGAUCGAAGUGACGGGACCUACAAAUGAGAAAAGUGGACAAACGUUUGCUGUUAAAACAAGUAGAUGGAACCCAGCAGAACCCAGCAGCGUCACCGGAAGCGCCACUUUCCUUUCCUUCUGGAGCAGCUUACUCGUUUGCAAAGGUCACGGAGGGCGAGUUUAUCUAUGUUAACAUAAUAUUUUCCAAAAAUUAAAUAUCAAUUUAAACAAAUGAAAAGAACAA